GUGCGUGCGUGUGUGUGCUAUUUGUGCCAACAACAACCAAUUUCUCCGUGUGCAACAAAUUCGCGAUCUGUUUCGCUGGAAAUAAUUCCAUUUUUUAAACGACAUCAUGGCCUAUUCGAAUAAGUUUAUUUACGCAACUUUGCCCCGAACACAGCGUGGCCAACCGAUCGUGCUGGGUGGUGAUCCGAAGGGCAAGAACUUCCUCUACACGAAUGGACAUUCUGUGAUUAUUCGUAACAUUGAUAAUCCGGAAAUCGCGGACAUCUACACGGAACAUUCGUGCGCGGUGAAUGUAGCCAAGUACUCGCCGAGCGGGUUUUACAUCGCUUCCGGUGACCAGUCGGGCAAGAUACGGAUCUGGGACACGGUGAACAAGGAGCACAUACUGAAGAAUGAGUUCCAACCGAUCGGUGGUCCGAUUAAGGACAUUUCCUGGUCGCCGGACAGCCAGCGGAUCGUGAUUGUGGGCGAAGGUCGGGAACGGUUCGGGCACGUGUUUAUGGCGGAAACGGGCACCUCGGUGGGUGAAAUUUCGGGACAAUCGAAACCGAUCAAUUCGUGCGACUUCCGUCCGGCGCGUCCAUUCCGGAUCAUUACCGGUAGUGAGGAUAAUACGAUCGGUGUGUUCGAAGGACCGCCGUUCAAGUUUAAGAUGACAAAGCAGGAUCAUACGCGGUUUGUGCAGGCGGUCCGAUACUCGCCGAGCGGUCAUCUGUUUGCGUCGGCCGGGUUCGAUGGAAAGGUUUUCAUGUAUGAUGGUACGACAUCGGAAUUAGUCGGUGAGGUUGGUUCACCGGCACACAGUGGCGGUGUUUAUGGAGUGGCCUGGAAACCGGACGGUACGCAACUGCUGACCUGCUCCGGCGACAAGUCCUGCAAGCUGUGGGAUGUUGAGACGCGCACGCUUAUUAGCGAGUUCCCGAUGGGCAGUACAGUGGAUGAUCAGCAGGUUUCCUGUUUGUGGCAGGGAAAUCACAUCCUGUCGGUGUCGCUGUCCGGUUUUAUCAACUACCUCGAUGUGAACAAUCCCACCAAACCGCUGCGCGUUGUAAAGGGUCACAACAAACCGAUCACUGUGCUGACGCUUAGUGACGAUCGUAGCACGAUCUACACUGGAAGUCAUGAUGGGGCCGUCACUAACUGGAAUUCGGGCAGCGGAACUAAUGAUCGUGUGGCGGGUAUUGGACACGGUAAUCAGAUCAACGAUAUUCGGGCCGCAGGAGACUUUGUGUACACGGCUGGUAUUGAUGACUCGAUCAAGCAGAUCAGUGUCGAGGGAAAUACGUACACGGGCGUAGAUGCGAAGCUUGCCUGUCAGCCACGCGGUAUGGAUAUACUGAAGGAAAGCAACACGAUCGUUGUUGGAUGCGUGAAGGACAUUACGGUGCUGCAGGACAACCGGAAGGUGUCGUCGAUACCGAUUAACUACGAAUCGAGCAGUGUCAGUAUUAAUCCGGAAACGAUGGACGUUGCCGUCGGUGGUGAUGACAGUAAAGUGCACGUGUACUCGUUGAAUGGUGGUCAGCUAACGCACAAGCUAGAUUUGGAGCAUUUGGGCCCAGUGACGGAUGUGCGCUAUUCGCCGGACAACAAACUGCUGGUGGCGUGCGAUGCCAACCGGAAGGUGAUCCUUUACAGUGUUGCUGAGUAUAAGCCUCCACACAACAAAGAAUGGGGCUUCCAUAAUGCGCGUGUUAACUGUGUAGCAUUCUCGCCCAAUUCGGAGCUAGUAGCGAGCGGUUCGCUCGAUACGACCAUCAUCAUUUGGUUUGUGAACAAGCCGGCCCAGCAUACGAUUAUUAAGAAUGCCCAUCCACAGUCGCAAAUUACGGGCCUGGUAUGGCUGGACAACGAAACGCUCAUCUCGACCGGCCAGGACUGCAACACGAAGGUUUGGAACAUUGAGAAUGUCGUAUAAGCCAAA